GUGGCGGCGGCUCUCACCGUAUCCGGGCUCCGCGCGGCGCACACCCGAGGGGGGGGGUCGGGCGGGGAAGCAGCGCCGGCCCGGACCCCCCGCGGGAACAGGCGGCGGGAGUGACUGAGAGGCGGCGGCUGCGGCUGCGGCUGCGGCGGACUGGGAGCAGCGUUUGCCCGGUGAGUGUCCGUGAGGAGGCCCGGCACCUGCCCGGACUGGGGCGUCGGGGAUGGCUUCGGGGUCCUCCUGGUGACCCCGCGUUCGGGCAGUGGGCGUGUGCGCGACUGCCUGUGACCCAGGGCUGGGCUCGGCCUGGGGCUGCGGGGCUGCCGAGGUCUGCGCAGGGCCUGGCGCAUUCGCCCCGGACGGCCGAGGAGAGAGGGAGUGGCCGGGGCCAGGGGUAGCCCUGGCCCCCGAACAGAGGGGAUGAUGUCCUUCCUCGCCGGACCCUGGACUUUGAAGCCCCAGCAGAGCGUUUGGGGAUGAGAUGAGAACAAACGCACCAAGGUUGGAGUUGUUGAGAUCGCGAGGAAGGACAGUGUCUUCAGCCUUUUCUUCAAGUUUUUUUUAUCAUGAAUUAUCACAUGUCAAACUGGACAACUCAUCAUAGUUAAAGUUUCACCAGUUGACAAAUUGGAGACUUCCAGACUACUGAAAAGAAGGUGCUUUCAGAAUUGGAGAUGUGAAUAAGACGCCUAUGCCAGGGCUCAUGAACCACCUUGAGAAAAUGACUUCGGUGUUGGAAGACCAUUGCUAUUGGAAAGCCGGUUAGCAUCCAUUUCCUAAGAGAAACUUGACCACCAUUUGCUCUGGCAUGGCGCAAAGCAGUCCACAGCUUGAUAUGCAGGUUCUCCUUGACCUCCGACAACGUUUCCCUGAGAUUCCAGAGGGUGUGGUGUCUCAAUGCAUGUUACAGAAUAACAACAAUCUUGAAGCCUGUUGCCGAGUCCUUUCUCAGGAGAGUAGCAAAUACUUAUAUAUGGAAUACCAUAGUCCAGAUGACAACAGAAUGAAUAGAAAUCGCCUUUUGCAUAUUAACCUGGGUAUCCAUUCUCCUAGUAGCUACCACCCAGGAGAUGGAGCACAACUUAAUGGUGGUCGAACACUGGUACAUAGUUCAAGUGAUGGACAUAUUGAUCCACAGCAUGCAGCAGGUAAACAAUUGAUAUGUUUAGUUCCGGAACCACACUCGGCCCCAGCUGUUGUGGCUGCUACUCCAAACUAUAAUCCAUUUUUUAUGAAUGAACAGAACAGAAGUGCAGCUACUCCUCCUUCACAGCCACCUCAACAGCCAUCUUCGAUGCAAACAGGAAUGAAUCCAUCUGCUAUGCAAGGGCCUUCACCUCCUUCAUACAUGCACAUACCUCGGUAUAGUACAAAUCCAAUUACUGUUACAGUAUCCCAAAACCUCCCUUCUGGACAGACUGUACCAAGAGCUUUACAAAUUCUUCCACAAAUUCCAAGCAAUCUCUAUGGGUCUCCUGGUUCUAUUUAUAUUAGACAGACAUCUCAGAGUCCAUCAGGAAGACGAACUCCUCAGAGUACCCCAUGGCAGUCUUCACCACAGGGCCCAGUGUCUCAUUAUAGCCAACGUCCUCUACCUAUUUAUCCACAUCAACAGAACUAUCAACCUUCUCAGUAUUCUCCCAAACAACAACAGAUCCCUCAGCCUGCUUACCAUUCUCCACCUCCUUCGCAGUGUCCUUCACCCUUCAGCUCUCCACAACAUCAAGUGCAACCUUCACCGUUGGGCCACCCGAGUUCCCACGUCUUUAUGCCCCCUAGUCCUUCAACUACUCCACCUCAUCCAUAUCAACAAGGACCUUCUAGCUAUCACAAACAGGGAAACCAUUCAGUAGCUUAUCUCCCAUAUACAACAUCUAGCUUACCCAAAGGAUCCAUGAAGAAGAUAGAAAUUACAGUUGAACCCUCUCAAAGGAGUCCUUCACCUAUCAGUAAUCAGCCGUCUCCACGGAAUCAGCACUCGCUGUACACAGCCACCACUCCACCCUCAAGUUCUCCUUCAAGAGGGAUGUCCAGUCAACCAAAACCUCCAUUUAGUGUUAAUCCUGUGUAUAUUACAUAUACACAGCCAACUGGACCUUCAUGCGCUCCAUCACCAUCUCCUCGGGUAAUACCAAACCCAACUACAGUUUUUAAAAUUACCGUAGGCCGAGCAACGACUGAAAAUCUUUUAAAUUUAGUGGACCAAGAAGAACCUUCUGCAGCCCCAGAACCUAUUCAGCCUAUUUCAAUGAUACCAGGCUCUGGGGGAGAAAAGGGAAGCCAUAAAUACCACAGGAGUUCUAGUUCUGGAUCAGAUGACUAUGCCUAUACACAAGCCUUGCUGUUGCAUCAGCGAGCAAGGAUGGAGAGGUUAGCAAAGCAAUUGAAACUUGAGAAAGAGGAGUUAGAACGAUUGAAGGCUGAAGUUAACGGUAUGGAGCAUGACCUAAUGCAGAGACGGCUCAGAAGGGUCAGCUGCACCACUCCGAGUCCAACGCCUGAGGAAAUGACAAGAUUGAGAAGCAUGAACAGACAACUCCAGAUAAAUGUUGACUGUACACUGAAAGAAGUUGACCUCCUUCAAUCUAGAGGAAACUUUGAUCCAAAAGCCAUGAAUAAUUUUUAUGACAACAUAGAACCUGGCCCAGUGGUACCACCCAAGCCAUCUAAAAAAGACUCAUCAGACCCUUGCACAGUUGAGAGGAAAGCCCGAAGAAUUAGUGUGACCUCCAAAGUACAGGCGGAUGUCCAUGACACCCAGGCAGCAGCUGCAGAGCAUCUACCUGGCUCCAAGCACAAUCCUCAGACACAGCCCCGAGAUGAAGACUAUGAAGGUGCCCCAUGGAAUUGUGACAGCUGCACGUUUCUGAACCACCCAGCACUAAAUCGCUGUGAGCAGUGUGAGAUGCCCCGGUACACCUGAGUUGAGAAGAGUCUGCACCAGGUUGACAGUGAAGCUGAGUGCCCAUUAGAAGAAAAGGAAACUGUGGGGAUCUUCAUCUGUCCAGCCUUUUUAUUUCAGAUUCCAUAGGGGGAGGAGGAAUGGCACUGGAGCUGCCUGUGUUCACUACAGGAAAAAUGGGGAAGGUUUUUUCCCUGUCUUAACUCAUUACAGAGUGAGAGAAAGGGAUACUUGAAACUGGGAAAGGAUUCUCUCCUGAAAGAAUGUACACAGAGAAGUCAAGAGCUCAUCUGUGGAAUCCAGUUGUUGAAGUUACUGCUGAGUGGCCCUUAUUUUAUAAACUAGAACUUUGAAUCAUAUUGUGACUUGUUACAGUUUAUGCAGACAAACUGUGAAUCCCCGUAGCAGACUUAUCUGGUCACAGCUCUCUGAAAAAGUAAGAGUCCCCCCCCCCCAUGUUUUUUUCCCAUU